UCCGGGCGUGGUCGUGGCGGGGUUUAGGAACCAUAYGCGAUUCCCGUUGGCUCCUGGACAUGACAGACGUGGGUCGGGCGUGUCUGAAGUGUGAAAGUGGGCAUGUUAUCAGCGGUCAAAGGAAGUGGCUAGUUUUCCAUUCCAUCCAUUCAUAGCGCAACCGCUCAUAACGUGCACUGACGCAUAGGCGAGAUAGGGAUCAGCGAGCGAGAGAGAGACAGAGAGAGGGUUGGAUUAGGGCACUGACAGCCACCUCAGUCAAACAGUUGAGAGACACACGAUCACAACCUGCUGAGGGGGCAAAACUAACGGGACCGGAAAGUCUAAAUCCAAUCCAGAUCACCUCUUAACCGAUUAGGGAGAGAGGACCAACCGACCACCUCGAGACCUUGAAAAUUGAAAAGAGGGCAGAGUUGGAGAGUAAAACAAUCAGUUUUGAAAAAGAAGUCAAAUUGAUCUAUCCAGCCAUCCUAUACUCUGAACCAUGGAGCGCAAAAUCCCUGACUUCGCUGGUACCUGGAAGAUGAAGAGCUCAGAGAACUUCGAGGAGCUUCUCAAAGCGCUGGGUG